AUGCGCCCCUUCCACACGUGGCUCUCCCUCGUCCCCACCCCCGCCGCCCGUCCAAUCACCUUCCGCCACGCUCCGUCCUCGGCUCAUCUCGGUGGGUGGAGAGAGCGGGGGCAGACGGGGAGGCAGCAGACGACGACAACACAGCUUGCGAGUGGAGGAGGAGGAGAAGCGAGAAGGCACAGCACCACACUCCGCCGCGUCGCCGAAUUGGAGGAUUUUUCUGCCCUUCUGGCUGGAGAUGCGACCGUCCGGACCCGGGGGACAGCGCGAAUCGGGUUCUCGUUCGUGUACGGCGCCGGCGGCGGCCGCCACCUGAGGAGGAUGUUCGAGUGGAACGACGACCAGCAGCAGGUGGGGGAUGCAAUAUGGGCUGAGUUCAAUGAGAGUGAAGACCAUAUUGUGCCUUACCCCAAGGAUACGGAGGAUAGUACGUUAGUUAGUGUUGGAGACCAGAAGAAGAAUGACGAAGAAACUGCUAAUAUUCCAGGCCUUACUGAAAGAAGUUCAAGUGGUCAAACUGAGUUUCCGGUUUUGAAUAAGCAGCCUGCGUGUCAGGCUAGUGGGCAUUACUCAGCUACAGGACUUGACAUUGAAUCCUGGCCUGACUUGCCUUCUUUGAAUGCCACACUUGAUAGAAACUACAGUGAUGAUAAUAUAGCAUCUACAUAUUUGGAUUUCAGUUCUGCACCUAGUUUACAGAAGGUCACGGAUAACACAGCAGUGCAGCUGGAUGGUGAAACUGAAGUGUUCGUUAAUGACCAUGAAGAAAAGAGUAACAGCUUCCUUGAUUGCGACUGGGGUAAUAUCGGAGAUUUUGAUGAUUUUGACCGCUUAUUUAGCAAUGGUGAGUCCAUAUUUGAUAAUGAGAUGGUUGCUGAUGGCAGUAAUUUUCUCUCCACAUCUUCAGAUCUGGUGGAUACUACUGUACAAUCAAUCCCCUUUCCACAUGUUCCAUUGAAUAAACAACUAUCUUCUGAUCAUGGAUCUUCUUCACUUCUAAUUAAUGAAACACCUGGUGUAACUGCUGAACAAGAAAGCAAGGUAGUAGAUGCUAAUGCUAAAUCUGGAGAGCUAGCUGAGCAUAAAAAUCUUCUGAGUAGUGAAUAUUCUGGAAAACCAAACCACUUCCCAAAGGAGGGUGAUGUGCAGAAGAAGCCAGUGAGGUCACGGAGAAGAACAGAGGAAAGAGGCAAAAGUAAAAUAUCCAAUAGUGCAACUGGCUUCUCCCAGAACCAAGGACAGCAUCAACCAGCCAGUUUGCAUUCAUUGGCCAAAGCCCCUCCGCAACCCCUUCAGAAUCCUCAGUAUUUGCUGUUACAUGAUAACAAAAACAUGGGCCAACUUCAGCAGGCUAAUCAGUUUAUGUUCCCUGGCUAUGGAUAUCCUUCGUAUCAAUUUCCUGGCAUUCCUAUGAUGUCAAACAUUCAGGCUGAAAGUCCUCAAACAAAGCCAGCUACUACAAAUUUCCGAACUUCAAUAGAUUCCCCAAAGCAGUCAAGUUCCACAGAAAAGUCGCAAGAUAUGCCAUCAAGACCGUUGACGAUGACACCUCAAGAAAAGAUUGAAAAGCUUAGGCGCCGACAGCAAAUGCAAGCACUGAUAGCUAUUCAACAGCAGCAGCAGCAAUUUGGUCAAGAUGGUUCUGGCAGUGAUACUAUAGUACCCCAAUCAUACUCACCAAAGAGCAGGAAUCCAGAUUCCUUAGGGAGUUCUGUUAUCAUAGAUGAUAGUGCAAACAAAGUUUUACAUUCAGAGCCUAUUCCAACUGGCCAUGAAGAGAUUCAGAAGAGUUCUGGAAUUCCUGAUGACCCAUUUAUAGAGGAAAAAAUAUAUUACCAGCUUCAAGAUGCUCUUGGGAAGUUGGAUACCAGAACUCGGCGCUGUAUUCGAGACAGUUUACUUCGUUUAGCCCAUAGUUCCUCAGAGAGACAAAUUACGAGUGACAGAAGUAGCGCUAACAAGAGUAAUAAAGAUGAAGAUGAAGUUUCAGAAGACACAUCUAACAUGACAAGAAGAUCUCCAGCAAAGGAAGGAGAAACAAACACAAAUCCAAUUGAUCGCAUCGUGGCCCAUUUACUGUUUCAUAGGCCUUGUUCAAAGGUUUCGUCACCUGCAAAAGAAGAGAUCAUAUCCUCACCUCCAUUGUCAACUGAACCUGGACCUGAGUUGAAGAUCCCUGCAGAUACACCCGGGGGGCUGUCACAAAAUCACCAGAAUUUGCAAGAAAUGACACUGCAGCCUUCCCUGUAAUUUGGUCUUCCCCUGAGUAUGUGGCUGGGUAGCUGCCUCUAUAGAUGGCCGUCGCAGACUGCUGGUCACCUCCACUGUCAGAGAUCAUUACUUCUUGUAUAAUGUAUCAGUUUCACCAUUGUAGUGCCUUGUGUCAUAUCCAGCAAAAAAGGAAACACUAUAGACUGGAUCCGUUCCGAGGUGACCAAAAACAAAACGAACAUUUGGCUCAAGAAAUACUUUUGGCAGUUAGAAAUUCCGUUGGUCCUAUUCAGUCACAAA